AUGGUAAACAGGAAGACUGGCACCUUCUCCAUGGAGGUAAAGAAGACUGUGGACAAAGGGGUAAGUGUGUGUGUGUGUGUGUGUGUGUGUGUGUGUGUGUGUGUGUGUGUGUGUGUGUGUGUGUGUGUGUGCGUCCAUGCGUGUGCGUGUGUGCGUGUGCGUGCAUGUGUGUUAUUGUGUGUGUGUGUGUGUGUGCGUGUGUGUGUGAGUAUGGGUGUGUGUGUGUGCAUGUGAGCAUCAUAUCACUACAUUACAAUGUCAACAACCCUAACCAGGGAUAGGUUUAAAAAGCCAAGCUUUACUGUUGUGGUCCAGAUUGUGCAUUUCAUACACACUUCUUCUGAUGUGUUGCACAUUCUUACACACACACACAUACACACACACACACACACACACACACACACACUCACUCACAUGUACCAAUUGAGAAGGAGUCUGGGGAUGGCAGAGCAAACAAUCAGCAGGGGUGCUGUACUGUGCCAGGAGAUUCAUUCACCCCUGUGCCCCCACUGAUGACACACACACACACACUGGGGCUGCAGUCGGAGUGUGUCAGAGAGUGUGUGUAUGUGUGUGUGUGAAUGUGUGUGUGUGUGUGUGUGUGUGUAACUGUGCGACUCUUCUUAUCUCUACUGAGCACAUGUUGCUAAAUCUGAGAGCGACAGCAGCCCAGUGAUUCCCUUUUUUACCGCUCCUCUGUGUGUCUGUGUGUGUCUGUGGGUGUAUGUCUGUGUGUGUCUGUGUGUGUGUGUGUCUGUAUGUAUGUGUGUGUGUGUGUGUGUGUGUGUCUGUGUGUGUGUGUGUGUCUCUGUGUGUGUGUGUAUGUCUGUGUGUGUGUGUGUGUGUGUGUGUGUGUGCGUACGUGUAUUUAUAGUUAAACUGGCUAAAUACUAAACCACACACUCAGCGGACAGAUGGCACUCCCCUUCUUCCCUGGUCUCUCUGGCUCUUCUGGUCAACCAAUGUAAUAAUACAUGCCAUUUAGCAUGUAACUUUUAUUCAAAAUGACUUACUGUCAUGCGUGCAUACAUUUUACGUAUCGGUGGUCUGGGAAUUGAACCCACAGUCCUGGCGUUGCAAGCGCCAUGCUCUAACAACUGAGCCAUUCAGGACAACAUUAUCUAUGGGAAUAACAUUACAUAUAGCUAGUGCACAUCUGUAAGAUAUAGUUGUUUCUCUAGAGCAAACACCCAGCCUACCACUAGAGGGAGCCAGAUAAGAGGGAAUAAAGCUAGGCUGUAUGCCAUUGGAAUGGAGUGAAGUUGUGUGUAUGAACGUUUUAGACAUUACAAAUACGAUGUCUAUAAUGAUGUGUGUUUGUUUGUGUGUUUCAGAAGCGUGUGCUGGUACUGCAUAAUGAUUACUACUACACUGACAUCAAGGGAACCCCCUUCAGGUGAGGCCAUGUAGCUAGAUCAUUCUAUGCUGUUCUGUUAUCUUCUAGCAAAAAUUGUGUGUAUACAGGUCUCUCAUAGAGGUGUGUGUUUUCAGUCUAGGGGUAGCCCUGUCCAGAGGCCAUGGGAAAUAUUUCUUCAGAGGAAACGUCACUGUAGAAGAAGGUAGACAUACUUUUUUAUUUCCUGUCCGCUUUGUCCCUCUGUUACUCCCUCUCUCUCUCUCUCUCGCUCGGGGAAGCCGAGCGCGGCCGCGCGAGCAGCGCGCGCGCGCUCGAGCGAGCGCGCGCGAGCGACGCAGCUCGCGCGCUCUCCGCGAGAGUCGCGCAGAGGAGAGCUUUCUUCCCCCCCCCUUAUAUCUCUCUCUCCCCUCACCCCCCCCUCUCUCUCUCUCUCUCUCUCUCGUCCUCGCUCUCUCUCUCUCUCUCUCUUCCUCUCUCUUCUACCCCUUUAUUCUCAUCUCUCUCCCCUUAUCUCUCUCUCCCUCCCCGCCCCCUCUCUCUCUCUCUUACUUUCUCUCCCUCCCAUGUUUUUCCUCCAUCAUGUGUAUUCCCUGUGCUCCAUGCCCAGUAUCAUGUGUGUUAAUAUUCAUGCUGACUCUAAGCAUGUCUUUAUAAACACGUGUCUCGCGUGGAGCCCUGGGAGCAUGACUUGGCUCUUACUGCUCCAGUCAGUCCUGUCAGAGCGACUCAGGAGAGUCAUUUUUCACCAGACACACACAGGACAUGAAUUAUAAAUGAAAGUAGAGCUGAAAACCAGAGUUUUAGUCCAUCUAAUGCUUAAAGUGGAAUGAAAAAGGUAUCGGUAUGGGCUCAAAUCGGCCCAUACCGCUUUUCUUAUUUCAGAGCCAGUAUUCUGAAAGAGAUGAUGAUACUUAAGCAGUAUGGUAUUUGUGGUGGCAGCUCUGUGUACCAGUCAACAGCGGCCCGUUCCUACCACUGUCCCUAUCAUUUUAGUUGUUUAAUAGAGUGUUCCCUUCAGGGGGUUGUGGGGGUUUCUCUCUUUAGACUAACAUCUAUUGGUCUUUUCUAGGUCUUCAUGAUCUGGAGCACCCUGAUGUAGAACUAGCAGAUGAAUGGUAGGAACACAAUGUGUGUGUGUGUGUGUAUGUGUGUGUGUGUUUAGUUAGAGUGUGUGUGUGUGUGUGUGUGUGUUGUAACAGCGUGUGUGUGUGUUGUAACAGUACUGUGUGUGUGUUUCCACUGCAGGACAUACUGUGACACAGAUGAGCACCCAGAGCAUCGGUACCUGUCUCAGAUAGAAGCCAUCAAACUCUACCUCAGUGGACGAGAACCACACCUUAAAUGUAAGUCCCUCCCUCCAUUCACUCUCUCUCUCCAUCCUACACUCAUCUACCUGACUUCAAAUGCCUUACUGGUCCUUUUACUUGUCUAUCUGACACCUCAGUUUUGUCUCACUUCUGUUCUGUUCGAUUCUGUUCGAUUCUGUUCGGUUCUAUUAUUUUCUAUUCUAUUCUAUUCUGUUCCAUUCUGUUCCAUUCUGUUCCAUUCGAUUCUAUUCUAUUCUAUUCUGUUCUAUUCUGUUCUAUUCUGUUCUAUUCUAUUCUGUUCUAUUCUGUUCUAUUCUAUUCUAUUCUGUUCUAUUAUAUUAUGUGCUAUUCUAUUCUGUUCUGUUCUAUUCUGUCUAUUCUGUUAUAUUCUAUUGUGUUCUAUUCUAUUCUGUUCUGUUCUGUUCUAUUCUGUCUAUUCUAUUGUAUUGUAUUCUAUUCUAGGUGAUAAGGAACUGAUCCAGGAGGUGCUGUUUGAUGCCGUGGUAACAGCUCCUCUAGAGGCCUACUGGACCAGCCUGGUACUCAACAAGUCAGAGUAU